AAAAUUGCUCCUCUUGCUCCAAGUUCAAGACAAGCCAAGAAGAAAGAAGAGAAGAAACUCUGGAAAGUACCCAAUUCUCUCCCUUUUGUUAUCUUCUUCUUCUUAUUCUUAUUCUUCUUCUUCUAUAAUUGUCCUUAGCCUUCUCAGACUCUCAAAAUACGGAGCUGGCUAUGACCUCAUAGACCCAGACCCAGUCUUUAUUGACCUCUCAAAUAUGAAAAAUACUGUUUUUUUUGGACCCCAUUGCUCCCUGUAUGGUAUUGUCACUUUCGCUUCUGUGAAUUAAAACUUAAGAGGUGGGGUUUUGCUGGUCCUUGAAGAAGCUCACGGGAUUUCCAUUGAUAAGCCGCCCUUCACUCACUCUGAUCCAAUCCUGAAUCGGUGGUAAGAGAAAGGGAGACGAGAACGAUUCUGUGUUUUCUGAGGGAGGAAAUGGACGGCGUGGAUGGAGCGAGGAGGCGGAGGAGUCUGAAGGAACGGCUGGGAUUGAAGGGGAUGGGCUGUUGCGGCGCAAAAUGGGGCUUCGGAGCCAACACGGUGAGAGGCGACGACGAAGACGAAGAAAGUCAACAAGAACAGGUGAUCUAUGAGGGUCAGGAUCUGCCGGAGAGAAGUUCGGACCCUGCUUGUACGGAACCGGUUCCGUCUGGUUCGGGUAUGAACUUGGCGGCGGCUCUGGCGGCGGAGCGACACUUCCGGGCGUCGUACGAACCGGAGCAGGCAUCGCAGGAACCGGAGGCAAUGGCUGGGGAACCCACGGGUGAUAACCAGAUGGAUACUGGAACCGCACCGGGAACACCGUUGAGAGUAUCGUUGAUGAGGCUGCUUGAGGAAACAGCGGUCGGUGGAGAUGAGGGGGAGGCGAUGCAGAAAGAGAAAGUACCCGGAGAGCUGGGCAGUGAUUCAGUGUGCUGCGUGUGCAUGGUGCGGAAGAAAGGGGCAGCGUUCAUCCCAUGUGGGCACACUUUUUGCAGGGUGUGUUCGAGGGAGCUGUGGUUGAAUCGAGGCUCUUGUCCCCUCUGCAACCGUUCGAUCCUCGAGAUCCUCGAUAUCUUCUAAGAUCAGUGGCCACAGUGCCUCGUGAUCCGUGUGAGUGUCUUUAUUGGGAGGAAAAUUUUAUAAAGGAUUUCAAUAUGGGCUUAUAUAUAAUUAUGUGGAACAUGAAUUUGAUGAA